AUGGCAGUGUUACUGGUACUGUCCUCACAUCUCAGUAUUAACGUCCACAUGGAUGGCAGUGUUACAGUACUAACGUCCACAUGGAUGACAGUGUUACUAGUACUGUCCACACAUCUCAGUACUAACGUCCACAUGGAUGACAGUGUUAUACAGGUACUGUCCACAAAUAUCAGUACUAACGUCCACAUAGAUGACAGUGUUACUGUACUAACGUCCACAUGGAUGGCAGUGUUACUGGUACUGUCAUGGUACAUCAGUACUAACGUCCACAUGGAUGGCAGUGUUACUGAAAAGCAGAAGGACAUGCCAAACAUGGAAUCAUUUGAAGAACUACAGAGGACUGUCAUUACUCAAAACAAACGCAUUUCGUCUUUGGAGAGGCGAGUCAGUGAUUUAGAAAAGACCAUUGUUCGGCAAUCCACAGAAUCUGAAUCCCAAGAAAAUAUCACAAUCCAUAAACAAUCUCAAAUUCCUGCUUACCAACGAACACAUCAUCAACAUCCUUAUACCAAUUUUAAUUUUCUUAGAGCUCUACGCGUUUUCCAAGGGAAAGAGGGAAAAACUUCAAAAAUAUCUGCAGCAAGAUUUACAAAAGAACCAAAGUGUGAAAAAUUGAUAAGGAGAGGAAGACUUCUUGCUCCGUUGACAACGCCUACAACCCUUCCAUCUUCAAGCAAUAGUUUGGCGUUCUACGCGUACUUGUCUAAAGCAAUCCCUGCUUUCGUCGGCCAUCACAUCAUUACAUUCGAUGUCAUGGUAACAAAUGUUGGGAACGGAUACCAUCCCUAUACCGGGAUAUUCAUUGCACCCCGAGCUGGAAUUUACGUUUUUGCCUGGACAAUAAGAAUGUAUGGGUCGUCUUUCCACACAACGGAAUUGGUAGUCAACAGCAAUGUUGUUGGAGCAGUUUAUCUAAAUCCUUCCUCAAAUAUCGAUGGUAGCGUUUCAAACGUUGUUGUUGUGCACGUUAACAAAGGAGAUGAUGUUUACAUAAGAACAGGGGACGACCGGAACUCAGGGGACAUAAUGAGUCAUUCCUGGGGCCGGUCCUCCUUUGCUGGUUGGAUGUUGCCGUAGCCAGGUCAAUUUGAAUCCAGUUCUGAGUUGUCUUUUAAUAACUCUUGAUGUAUUUUUCAUUUCCUUAAGUGUC